GUUUCCUCUCUCCUGGGCUGGGCGGAGUGAAAUCACGCUGCUCAACAGGGCUCUUUACAGCACCCUUCCAGCUCAGAACAUCUGCAGUCUCCACUCGACCUCGCUCAGGAAACACAGACGCACACUCCCUCUCCAGCAACCAAACAAAAGAGAACAUGGCAAACAAGGGACCCUCGUACGGACUGAGCCGCGAAGUGGCGAGCAAGAUCGAGAAGAAGUACGACGCACAGCUGGAGGACAGAAUCACGGAGUGGAUCAUGGUGCAGUGCGGCGUGGAGAAGCCAGAGGCUGGCAAGCUGGGCUUCCAAACAUGGCUGAAGGAUGGCAUUGUCCUCAGUAAGCUGAUAAACAGCCUGUACCCUCCCUCAGAGAAGCCCAUCAUGAAGAUCCAGGCCUCCAACAUGGCCUUCAAGCAGAUGGAGCAGGUGGCCCAGUUCCUGAAGGCGGCGGAGAACUAUGGGGUGGUGAAGACUGACAUCUUCCAGACCGUCGAUCUGUGGGACGGAAAGGACUUGGCAGCGGUUCAGCGGACGAUCAUGGCCCUGGGCAGCAUUGCCGUCACGAAGCACGAUGGGUUUUACAAGGGAGACCCCAGCUGGUUCCACAGGAAAUCUCAUGAGAACCCACGUGAUUUCAGCGAUGAGAAGUUGAGGGAGGGGAAGAACGUGAUCGGGCUGCAGAUGGGCUCCAACAAGGGGGCUUCACAGGCAGGGGGCACUGGGUACGGGCGACCCAGGCAGAUCAUCAACAACUGAGCUGAACUGAGAGGGGCGAGCAACCAACCAGGAGACACACCAACACCCCCAGCCAAUCCAAAGACACUCUGGGACCUCCCACCCCUUACAACCACCAAUCAGGAGCCACCCUGACCAUGGCACAGCCUAUCCCUGCACGCACUAUCCAGUGGGGAAUCCCUCCUGCACAGCAAAGUCUUAAAAGGUCCAAGACGGGAUCUCUUGAACCAAAAACCUGACCAAAAAAUGAAGACAACAACAUGACCAAAAUCAAACAAACCCGAGGGGAUAAAGAGAUCUCAUUCCACUCUGUAACACACACACCCCUCUAUUCAUCACACACACACACACACACACCCCCCCCUCUAUUCAUCACACACACACACACACACACACACACCCCUCUAAUCACACACACACACACACACACACACACACACCCCUCUAUUCAUCACACACACACACUCCCCCACUCCCCUCUAUUCAUCACACACACACACACCCCUCUAUUCAUCACACACACACACCCCUCUAUUCAUCACACACACACACACCCCUCUAUUCAUCACACACACACACACUCCCCCACUCCCCUCUAUUCAUCACACACACACACACCCCUCUAUUCAUCACACACACACACACACCCCCCUCUAUUCAUCACACACACAUACACCCCCCUCUAUUCAUAACACACACACACACACCCCUCUAUUCAUAACACACACACACACACACACACCCCUCUAUUCAUAACACACACACACACACACACCCCUCUAUUCAUAACACACACACACACACACACCCCUCUAUUCAUAACACACACACACACACACACCCCCCCCUCUAUUCAUCACACACACAUACACCCCCCUCUAUUCAUAACACACACACACACACCCCUCUAUUCAUAACACACACACACACACACACACCCCUCUAUUCAUAACACACACACACACACACACACCCCUCUAUUCAUAACACACACACACACACCCCUCUAUUCAUAACACACACACACACACACACACUCCCUUCUAUUCCAUAUAUAUAUAUAUAUAUUUUUAUUGUUAAAAUACACUUCCUGCAAUUUGUUUUUAUUUUCAAGUCUUGAAUGUCUUACAUAUCUGAAGCUAACCCAAGUAAGAAACAAAUAAAACGACUCCAUUCCCUGGACCGGCUUCUCCCACUGUCUCUCGUGUGAAAUUGCAACAGGCUAAUUUUGUAAAGAAUUCCUUACACUGUCACUGUCAAACCCCAAAUUUUGUAAAUUUUCUUUUGAAAUAAUAAUAAAAUAAAAGUCCAGUUUAAUCGA